CAACAACACUUUUACAUCUCUCUCAAACCAUCGACUUUUCUCUUAUCUCUCUUUGUCUGCUUGAGUUUCAUUUCUUGGUGAGAAGAAAUGGCUGGUGAGUUGGGAGAACCGGGGAGUUCCAUGCAUGGAGUCACUGGAAGAGAACAAUCUUAUGCUCUCUCUGCGGAAUCGGUUGAGACCGAUAAAACGGCACAUUUCGACUUGCCUGUUGAUUCAGAACAUAAAGCAACAAAGUUCAAGCUUUUCUCAUUUGCUAAUCCACAUAUGAGAACUUUCCAUCUCUCAUGGUUGUCUUUCUUUACUUGCUUUGUCUCAACAUUUGCAGCAGCUCCGCUUGUUCCUAUCAUUAGGGACAAUCUCAACUUAGUAAAAGGUGAUGUAGGUAACGCUGGAGUUGCCUCCGUCUCGGGAAGUAUCUUUUCUAGGCUUGCCAUGGGAGCAGUGUGUGAUCUAUUAGGGCCAAGAUACGGUUGUGCUUUCUUGAUGAUGCUCUCCGCACCAACUGUGUUUUGCAUGGCUCUAGUGGGAACUCCAGGCGGUUACGUAGCUGUUCGGUUCAUGAUCGGGUUUUCUCUUGCUACAUUCGUUUCUUGCCAGUACUGGAUGAGUACUAUGUUCAACAGUAAGAUCAUUGGAACAGUCAAUGGUACCGCCGCAGGGUGGGGAAACAUGGGUGGUGGAGCAACUCAACUUAUAAUGCCUGUGCUUUACGAGAUAAUCAGAAAAGCCGGGGCCACCCAAUUCACAGCGUGGCGUAUUGCAUUUUUCAUCCCUGGUUGGAUGCAUAUCAUUACAGGGCUCAUGGUUUUGAUCCUUGGACAAGAUCUUCCUGAUGGAAAUCUUAAAGCUUUACAAAAGUCAGGAACCGUUGCCAAAGACAAGUUCUCCAAGGUACUUUGGUAUGCUGUAACAAACUACCGGACAUGGAUCUUUGUACUGCUUUACGGUUACUCUAUGGGUGUUGAAUUAUCUACCGAUAAUGUCAUCGCCGAGUACUUCUUUGACAGGUUUGAUCUAAAGCUCCACACAGCUGGUAUUAUAGCUGCUGCUUUUGGUAUGGCCAACUUCUUUGCUCGCCCAAUUGGUGGAUAUCUCUCAGACAUCGGUGCACGUAGAUGGGGAAUGAGGGCUAGACUAUGGAACCUAUGGAUCCUCCAAACAGCAGGAGGUCUCUUUUGCGUAUGGCUUGGUCUUGCAGAUUCACUUGUCGUCUCUAUCGUGGCUAUGAUUGCUUUCUCCAUUUGCGCUCAAGCUGCAUGCGGGGCUACGUUCGGUGUCAUUCCAUUCAUUUCUCGACGAUCAUUGGGUGUGAUUUCAGGUUUAACCGGUGCUGGUGGUAACUUUGGUUCAGGAUUAACCCAAUUCCUUUUCUUUACAAGUUCAAGUUAUUCAACUGCCAAAGGACUCCAAUACAUGGGAAUAAUGAUUAUAGCUUGCACCAUGACAGUACCCUUUGUACACUUUCCUCAAUGGGGAAGUAUGUUCCUACCUGCAUCUAAAAGGAUAGUAGAAGAGGAUUACUACGGAAAAGAAUACACCAAGGAGGAACAAAAUCUGGGAUUGCAUGAAGGUAGUAUCAAGUUCGCCCAGAAUGCUAGGGCGGAGCGCGGUGGUCGUGUCGGCUCUGCACCAACCCCACCAGGAGCUACACCAACACAUCUCUAGAAAACACUGUGCCAAGGGUGAUUCUUGUUUGUCUAUUUUUAACACUUUGUUUUUUUUUUGUUGUUUUACUUUAAUUACGUACAGCAUGCAAAAAAAAAAAGAAUAAUUUCUUUGAAAAACAAAAAUGGUGCAUCAAAAUUCUGAGAAACUUCAAAGAGGAGGGUUGAGAUAAUACGUUAUUUUUGAGUUGUUGUUUCUUUGUAAUCUGAGUCUUGUGAAAGUAAAAACUCAGGCUAAUUGUGUACUACUACGACAUGGUUUAAUUUUCUGUUAAACACUGUUUUGGAAUCUUUCUUGUGAUUUUUGAAGUGAAAACAAAGUUUGGGUUUUUA